AUGGAUAAAAAAUAUGAAAAAUCUCAUUCAUCAUAAAAUUAAAUUGAGAUGACUGUUGAGACAUUAACAAACAUUCUUUAUAAUUAUGAAUUUUAUAAAAGAAUAUCAGCUUUUUUAAGUCUAAGAGAAGUGUUUUCAUUAGGAUAAACUUGUCAUACUUUAAAUGAGAUUGUUGAGGUUAAAUAUAUUUAAUUAAUACAUAGAAACAUUAAGAAUUCUUUGGAGAGAUCUAUUAUAAAUUAUUUCUUAAUGAAUAACUUGAAAUGUCUCUAGAGUUAAACUACCCAGAUAUUUAAAGAAGAAAUAAGAUUAGGUUAUCAAAUUUAGAUAAUUCAUAUAUUGAUUGGAAGAAAUAACUUAAGAAAAUGUAUAUAACAAAGUAAGUUAAGUUUAAAUUUUUUAUAGAUAAAGUUUGAAAUUUCCAUUUAUCCUUUGUGAUGCUCUAUUUCCCAAACCUAUUUUGAAGAGAGAAUCCAUAGGAAUAUAUUGUGAAUCAGAGUUUUAAAUCAUGUUAGCAUAACGUUUAGAAUUGGAACAAAAAGGAUUUGAUAAGUUAUUUGACUUUUAAUUUAUUUAGAAUGAAGUAAAUAUACAGUUUAGGACUAGCUUAUGAAUUAAUUAAAAGAAUAUAAAUCCUAAAUCUUGGCAGAAAUGUAAGAAAAGUUAUAACACGACCAAAAACUUAAAAACUAAUUUUUAUAAUAUAGAUGGACUUUAUAAAAUGAAUCAUGUGAAAUUUCAGAUGUUAAUCUAUUAAAUAUGAAUAUUGAUGAGAACCAAAAUGAAAAAUAAAAGGAACCAUUUGAGGAAUAAGAAAUUGAUCUCUUAAAUUUAAUGUCAGAGUUUUAUACUUCUUUGGAGUGUUAUUUGGAAGGAUUAUAAAAGUAUUUUAGUGUAUAUAUAAAUGUUAAUACCAUAAACAGUAUUGAUUUGCUUAGCGAAUAUUUAAUGUAUUGGCAAGCAUAUAGUAAUGCCAUAAUGGAUUUGUCAACAAUAGUAUUUCCUUUUGAAAAUUUAGUAAAUGAGUUACAUCAAAAUUUAUUCCCAAAAUAUCCAUAAUAUCCAAAAUUUUCAAUUUGGAGGGUAAUGACUAAAAUGUGGAUAAAAUAUGUAAACUUCAAAUUAAUCAAAAGAUAAUUAGAAAUGAAUAAUUCUAAGCUAUUUUAUUACAGUGUUUUAUUCGACUACUUUCUACUUAAAGACAAUAACUUUUUAAAAAAGAAUUUGAUUAAGGAGUUAGUGAAGAUCUUGAAAAUAUUUAAUCAUUUUAAAUAACCUAUGAAAUCUAUGAUAAUUUCUUACUUAAACAAAGAAAUAGUUAUAAAGAUCAAUUUUAAAUUGAUACUACACAUUAAUUCUAUACUGAAAUAGUAGAUCUAUUAGGAAACUUUUGUCGAUCAGUUUAAGAUAUAUCAAUUAGUGAGGUUAAAUAUAAUUAUUAAUUUAGGUAUCUGUACAUUGGGUAGGUCAUAAAGAUUGUUGUUAUGAAGAAUUUUAUGAAUAAUUAAGUGAAAAAAUAUAAUAUGAAACUAGCUUAUAUUAUGAUGAGACUAGAUAAGUAUUUGGAUCAAAUAUUAUUUCAUUUAUAGAAUUCAUUAAGUUUGAUAAGGAGUAAAAUAGUUAUUUAUUUAUCCUUUUAGAUUUUUAUAGUAAAUUAUACCUGAACCACUUAUGUUCAAAAUUGAAAAUCUUUAAAGAGAACAUAUAUAUACAUCUUUAUAUUAUUUUUUAGAAUACUCCUAUAUUUAGAGGUUUGUUUAAACAAAUAAGGAAUAAAUUAUACAAAUUUAUAAAACAUCAAGACCAAAAUCUCCUAAAUAAGAGCGUAGUUCUAUAACAUCAUCCUAAAAUAAUGAGCAUCUUGAAACAUAAGGAGAUUCUAAUCUUAAUGAUGCUUAAAAAUUUUUUAAUUUAUGCUUGGAAAAUAGUAAUUUAGAUUUAGAAGAGCUUUUAAUCAAAGAAAAAAAUAAAUAUCAAUCCGAUCCAUUGAUAGAAAUUAUCAAAGUUGUUCUUUCUCAAAUGAAUCUUGAAUAAUUAGCAUCCUUUGAUGAUACAAAUUAAUUUGGUUCUCAGCAAGAAUUUCUUGAUUUUUAAAGGCCUCCUAGAAUACAUAGAGCUUUUUCAAAUACUAAAUGUAAUUAAGAUUAAAUUUAUAUUCAGAAAAUUCAGAAUAAAAUGAAGUUCCAGAAGAAAUUAUUAAAGUUGCAAAAUAAUUUCUAUUUGCUGAUUCUUAAUUUUCUAAAUUAUAUCAAAUAUUCGUUGAAUAUUCAAAUUAUUAUGAUAAAACCUUGAUCUCAGUAAUUACUAAAGACAGAGAUGUUGAAAUUUUAAAUAAUGAUAGAGAGUUGCCUAGAGUAAAAGAAUUUAAAUUUAUAAUAGAUUCUCCCAGAAUAUCUUUAAAAUUUUUAUUAUGUUACAAGAUUCCUGACAAAUUCUUUACUUGAAGAAAACAUCGUUGCUGGUCAAGAAGACGAAUUUGAAGAUCUAGAUUUACCUCCAAGUCUCUCAAAAAAUUCAUCUAAAAUGAAAAGUAUCAAUAAAUUAAAAUAGAAAAUUCGGUUCAAAUUGAAUAUUACUAUUCAGAAGAAGAAGGUGAAAAUAGCUUUAAUAAUGAUGCCUGAUUGGGAAUAGCAUAAAUUAAUAGGAA